GUUAAAUUUCGAAACCCUAAAUAUCUUUUCCCCAAUUUUUAGCUUCCAUUUUUGCAAUCCCCUACUUCAGGUGAUUACGUAAUCUGGAUACAAGACCUCUGGAAUGCAGAAUGGAUAAUGUACAUGCUGACUUGCCAAGUUCGCCUCCUGCUAAAGCUUCUGAUGCACAAACUCCUGCUGGCACAGAUUCACGAUCAACUAAUUCUAAUCAAGAUGCACCAUCAAAGCUGUCAUCAUGGGCUAAAAAUCUAAAAGUUCCUCAGCCAUUUGCUACCUCACAAGAGAACUCACCUACAGGAAAUGCUGGAAAAUCAACUUUUUCACGGUUUACUAGUGGGCUAGGACUGCGAUUGUCUCCAAAAUCUCCUCCUGCUAAUGAUGGUUUUGAUGGUGAAUCAACAACCACACAGCCUGGUUUGCUUGGAACAAUUACAAAAGGCAUAGUGGACUCAUCUAAAAAUGCAGUGAAAGCUGUACAGGUCAAGGCUCGUCAUGUUGUUUCACAGAACAAACGGAGAUUCCAGGAAGGAGGAUUUGACUUAGAUAUGACAUAUAUCACAGAGAACAUAAUUGCUAUGGGGUUCCCUGCUGGUGACAUGAGCUCUGGGUUUUUUGGAUAUGUUGAGGGUUUCUAUCGAAAUCACAUGGAAGAAGUGAUUAAGUUUUUUGAAACAUAUCACAAGGACAAAUACAAAGUGUAUAACCUUUGCUCUGAAAGAUUAUAUGAUGCUUCGCUACUUGAAGGAAAGGUGGCUAGUUUCCCAUUUGAUGAUCAUAAUUGCCCCCCAAUUCAAUUGAUAAUAUCUUUUUGUCAAAGUGCUUACUCAUGGCUGAAGGAGGAUAUUGAGAAUGUUGUGGUUGUGCAUUGUAAAGCUGGGAUGGCAAGGACAGGAUUGAUGAUCUCCAGCCUUCUUCUAUACUUGAAGUUCUUCCCCACUGCUGAAGAGUCCAUUGACUACUACAACCAGAAAAGAUGUGUGGAUGGGAAGGGGCUUGUUCUUCCAAGUCAAAUUAGAUAUGUCAAAUAUUUUGAACGCACGUUAACAUACUUUAAUGGCGAAAACCAGCCUGGGCGCAGGUGCAUGCUUCGAGGAUUCCGGCUUCAUCGCUGCCCAUAUUGGAUUAGGCCCUCCAUCACCAUCUCUGAUCAUAAUGGUAUUCUCUUCUCAACAAAGAAACAUCAACGCACCAAGGAUCUAUCGCCAGAAGAUUUCUGGUUUAGCGCACCCAAGAAAGGUGUUAUGGUCUUUGCUUUGCCUGGGGAGCCUGGUCUAACUGAAUUGGCUGGGGACUUCAAAAUUCAUUUUCAUGAUCGCCAGGGAGAUUUUUACUGUUGGUUAAACACGACAAUGAUUGAAAACAGAAAAGUUCUGAAUACUGGCGAGCUCGAUUGGUUCGACAAGAGGAAGUUGCCAUCCCCUGGUUUCCAGGUUGAGGUCGUGCUAGUAGAUUGUAACGGAUCUGUUCCAACAAUGACUGAUACUACUCCCAGUAAGCCAGAUGAAAGCUCGGGGACUGGUGCUGCAUCAAUUGACAGCUCUGCGGCCCCGGCUAAUGAAAAUAAGGACCCAGGACAUAACGACAAAGAUGAUGUGUUCUCGGACGGCGAGGCAGAACAAUCUGAUUCAUCAAAGAGUGGGCAGAAUAAGGCAGCAUCUGCAGAGGGAAUAGCUGCCCCUUCAGCAACCUCCAAAUCGGAAACAAAUACCAAAUCAGAUCAAGUAGCAAGUUUAGUGCAUUCUACCAAACAAGUUUCUUUAGGAAGUGGAAACUCCCAACCGAUGCAUGCCACCGGCGAACCAAGUAAAGCUGCUGCUGCUGCUGGUGGCACUCAAGUUUCAAGCUCAGAAAGUGAAUUCAGAGCAAUGGCCGCCGAUGCAUCUGUUUUCAGCUUCGGAGACGACGAAGACUACGAAAGUGAGUAAAGUGGCGCAGAACGUAAUAGAUGCCAAACUUCUGUACAUAAAACUGGCUUGCAAGUUUCAUUCGCUUCAUUUGUAUUUUGUAUCAUCAGAAUUUGGUUCUGCCUUAAGGGUUGCAUAUUGACAAAAUCUAGUGCAAUGGUCGUUUGAAUAAACGUUGCAUUAAAUUAUGGGUAAA